GUGCUGGCAACUGAACCUGUGGCAUGCAUUGAUUCGCUAACAUUCGCUCUAAAGACUUGCCAGCCUUCUGUGGUCAAGUAGUUUGCUGCUCUGAUUUGUUGUAAUAAAAUUUUAGCUGAAAGGAUAAUUACCAACGAGUAUCAGUUUCGCGUUCAAGGAUUUAAAUAUUCAAGAAAAAAAAAAAAUAUAUUAAAAACGUUAAACGUGCCGUGAACGAGAAAGAGAGAGAGUUCUUUGAAUUCAGCUAAAUUCUAGACGCAAUCAGUUCAGUUCAGGAACGAAUUCGCCCAAGCAAUUAAGCAGUGAAAGUGCUAAACAUUUCGAGUGCUUAUUGCAAAUCAUAAAUCAAAAUAUAAAUAAUAAAUACAAAAUAGUAUUCAAAGUGUUUGACAAAUACUUUGCAUAAAUUUUUGAAAUUCUUUUUGAAAACAAAACAAGACCAACACAAAACUCAAGCAAAAUGAUGGCCGUAGCAGCUGCCCAAAAGAAUCGCGAGAUGUUCGCUAUCAAGAAGUCCUACAGUAUUGAGAAUGGUUAUCCAUCCCGUCGCCGCAGUCUUGUGGAUGAUGCGCGCUUUGAGACCCUGGUUGUCAAGCAGACCAAACAAACGGUGCUCGAGGAGGCACGCAGCAAGGCAAAUGAUGCCUCGCUUGAGGAGUGCAUUCAGCAGGCAAAGGGCGAGCAUGUGCCCGCCGAGCAAAAUGUCGAGCUGCAGGACGAGCAGCCCAAUUUGGAGAUGGCCGUUGAGGAUGAAUAUCUUGCAGUUGAGGAUAUUGAAACUGAAGCAGCAAUUGAAAGCAGCGUUGAGCAGCCAGCCGGUGAUGAUGAAAGGCCCACCAAGAACGAUUAUGGCCUCACCGAGGACGAGAUUGUCUUGGCCAAUGCCGUCUCGGAAUCCCCCGAGGCUGAGGCGGCCAUCCAGUGUGCCGCUUUGGUGGUGCGCCUGAAGGAGGGCAUCUCAUCAUUGGGCCGCAUCCUCAAGGCCAUCGAGACAUUCCAUGGCACCGUACAGCAUGUGGAAUCGCGCCAAUCGCGCAUCGAGGGCGUCGAUCAUGAUGUGCUCAUCAGGCUGGACAUGACCCGUGGCAAUCUGCUGCAGUUGAUCCGUUCUCUGCGCCAAUCCGGCUCCUUCAGCAGCAUGAAUCUGCUGACUGAGAACAACAUCAGUGUGAAGGCUCCAUGGUUCCCCAAGCAUGCAUCCGAGCUGGAUAACUGCAACCAUCUGAUGACCAAGUAUGAGCCCGAUUUGGACAUGAACCAUCCCGGAUUCGCCGACAAGGUCUAUCGUCAGCGUCGCAAGGAGAUUGCCGAGAUUGCAUUCGCCUUCAAGUAUGGAGAUCCAAUCCCACACAUCAACUACACCGAUGUUGAGGUGAAGACCUGGCGUUCGGUCUUCCGCACCGUGCAGGAUCUGGCUCCCAAGCAUGCCUGUGCCGAGUAUCGUGUGGCCUUCCAGAAGCUGCAGGAUGAGCAAAUCUUUGUCGAUCAUCGUCUGCCCCAGCUGCAGGAGAUGUCCGAUUUCUUGCGCAAGAACACUGGCUUCUCCCUUCGCCCCGCCGCCGGUCUGCUGACCGCUCGCGACUUCCUCGCCUCGCUGGCUUUCCGCAUCUUCCAGAGCACCCAGUAUGUGCGUCAUGUCAACUCGCCGUAUCACACUCCCGAGCCCGAUACCAUCCAUGAGCUCUUGGGUCAUAUGCCACUGCUGGCCGAUCCCAGCUUUGCCCAGUUCUCGCAGGAGAUUGGCCUGGCCUCGUUGGGUGCCUCCGAUGAAGAAAUCGAAAAGCUCUCCACGGUCUACUGGUUCACUGUUGAGUUCGGUCUCUGCAAGGAACACGGUCAGGUCAAGGCCUACGGAGCUGGUCUCUUGAGCGCCUACGGUGAAUUGUUGCACGCCAUCAGCGACAAGUGCGAGCAUCGCGCCUUCGAGCCGGCUGUCACUGCUGUGCAGCCGUAUCAGGAUCAGGAGUAUCAGCCCAUCUACUAUGUGGCCGAGAGCUUCGAGGAUGCCAAGGACAAGUUCCGUCGCUGGGUGAGCACCAUGUCGCGUCCAUUUGAGGUGCGCUUCAACCCGCACACCGAGCGUGUCGAGAUCCUCGACUCUGUGGACAAAUUGGAGACUCUCGUGCAUCAGAUGAACACUGAAAUCCUGCAUCUUACCAAUGCCAUCCAAAAGCUGCGGCGUCCGUUCUAAUAAUCCAAACUAAAGAGCGCGAACAUUCUCCCUCCCCUCCCACUACCAUCACUCCGCUCGAUUCCACACACACACACAGGUGCAACGGUCUCAUUUUAUACAAAUUAAUUUUAAAUUGACAUACCCCACAUGCAUAUUAACGGAAACUUCUAUUCCGGAAAUUGAAGCACCGCAAUUUUGAUUUAUUUUUUAUCCUUUUUCUUUUCCUUUUUUGUUUUCUGUUUAUGUUUCUGUUUAAUUUUUAACCUAUUCCUAUUCACAUUUAUUGUUCCAUCCCCCACUUUGUGCAUUGCAUAUUUAUUAUCGCAACUAAAUAUUAUUGGACCAAAAAAUCUUUAGACAUUUAAGUGAUGAUGUGAAAAACCAAUCAAAGUAAUGCAAAUUAAGCGAAAGAACCUCAAGGUUCAUCAUACACUCACACACACUCAUUCACACACACACACACACACGCACACGCACAAGCAACCGCUGUAUACUCAGCCACGAAUUUGUUUUUGUAUUAUUUUUGUUUAAUAAUUAAUAAUUACAUAAAAUACAUAGAUGUGUACGCGAUAAAGUAUUCAAUCGGUAACUGCACAGUUUGCCCUAUAUAUAUACAUUUAACAUAUACAUACUAAAUGCAAUAACUAUGAG